AUGGGCUACUGCAAGAAUGCCUGGUCGGACGACUACGUGAAUAGCGCCUUCUCCCUAAUGACCAACAUGGCCAAAAGUCGCUUCUGGGGAACCAUGCAUGUCGUGGCUCACCAGGGCAAACGCCUCAUGGUUGCGGAGUCACCGAAGCACAGCCUUGUUUUUGGCGGCGUAAGAAGCAACAUGUCUAGUCACACCAUUGUCUACACCAAGAGCCGGCAUAUUCUGUGA